UGAGCUUGCCCCGACACGAUGGCGGAUGAACUCCCUCAUCCUCGCAUAACAACAAUGUAAACAUGAUUUAACACAUACGGCCAAUCUUCUUCUAUAGAUGAAUGUAUUUAAUGGAUAGUGUCAAAUGGCAGCAAGAGAAUCUCGAGCAGCUGAUUCGGAUGGCAAUGGGUCCAUGACCCCGUCGGAGCAGAGUGACAAUGAUGAACGCAGUGAACAUGACUCAGACUAUGAGAGUGAUGAUGGGGAGGACCAUCACCUGGACUCAAAGGGCAAGUCACUCAAUGUCCAGUGGACAGGGUACAGUAAGAGAGUUCCGGUCGUCUUGUUUAAUGCUGAGACAGUCCUUAGCAAAAGGACAGAUCUCAAAACAGUUGGAGAGCGGUAUCACCUAGCUUUCAAGUUUGCCUCAACAGAAUGCAAGAUUGUUCGGAACAUUUUUUCAGGCCAUGGAUUUCAUGAGGUACAUCCGAAUAGUGCUGAUUACAAUUUGAUAUGGAGUAACUCUCAUCUCAAGCCAUUCACACUGAGAACUAUGUCAGAGUUUCAGAAAAUCAACCAUUUUCCAAGGUCGUACGAACUGACCCGAAAAGAUAGGCUUUUCAAGAAUGUUCAAAGAAUGCAGCAAAUAAAGGGACACAAACAUUUUGACUUCAUCCCGCCAAGUUUUGUUCUUCCAGGAGAUUAUCAAGAUUUUUGUUCAAGUUUUCUCAAGGAUAAAGGACCAUACAUUGUGAAACCGGUGGCAUCAUCACGAGGGAGGGGGGUGUUUCUCAUUAAUCAUCCUGACCAAGUACCCUUGGAUGAAAACCUUAUCGUCAGCAAGUACAUCGCAACACCUCUAGUCAUUGAUGGGUUCAAGUUUGACAUCCGUAUCUAUGUAGCUGUGACUUCCUAUGAUCCGCUUAUGAUCUACCUGUAUGAAGAAGGCAUCACUCGAUUUGCCACUGUCAAGUAUGAGAAGAAUGUGAAACACAUUCGGAAUCAGUGCAUGCACUUGACAAACUACAGCGUCAAUAAGAGGAGCCAGGACUAUGUCAAGAAUGAUGACCCUGAUAUUGAGGACUAUGGCAAUAAAUGGUCUAUGGGUGCAAUGCUGCGAUAUUUGCGGUCAGAGGGCAAAGACACUGCUGCCCUCAUGAUGCGAAUCGAAGAUGUGGUUAUCAAAACCAUACUGUCCGUGGAAUCGUCUGUUGCCACUGCCUGUAAAAUGUUCCAGCCUUAUCGAGGGAACUGCUUUGAAUUAUAUGGCUUUGACAUUCUCUUAGACGAAAAUCUAAAACCGUGGGUGCUGGAGGUGAACUUGUCUCCAUCUCUGGCAUGUGACAGUCCUCUUGACUUGAAAAUCAAGUGCAACAUGCUCUGUGACCUGUUCAGUCUUGCAGGUGUGAUCUGCCACGACCCCAUGAUGCGGACAAUGCAGCCAAGCAAAAGGAACCAGGAAGUGACAGCCAAGCUGGGGGCCAACAGGGCCAAGAGUCCCAAAGAUGAAAAUACAAAUAUGACAGAAGCAAAUGCUCAAUUAGAAGCUGCAAGGCAAAAUAUGAAGAAAGCUGAUGAAUGGCUUUUGAAAAAGACCCGGCCACAGUCUGCCGCCACAUCGACUUCUAAGGAGCGCCAGACCGGCAAAGGCAUGGCUGGCCUGAACAGUGAAGAGAUCAAGAUUCUACGACGGGCCAAGGAGGAGGAGGGGAGGAGAGGGGGCUGGAUCAGGAUUUUCCCCACCGCUGAUAGCUGGGACACUCAUGGGUCUUUCUUGCAGUUCCAGACCACCCACAACCUGAUGCUCCACCAGCGUCUCUACCCAGAGAGGCACAAAGCAAUGACUGCAAGCAAGACCCCUGGAACUAGCACGAUCACUCCAUCCAGAUCAAAAAAUGGCAUACAACUUCAAGUGACAGGCUCAGGAAAGGCAGAGCAAGAGAAAUUCAUCGAGUCGUACGCGCAAGCCCUACUGCGUGCCAAGCAGUAUGAGAGGCGGCUGGGUCAAGGCGGGAAGUCACGCCGUCACAAGAAAAAGCAGUCGGUCACUGCAAAAUCAAGCACCAAGCGUGGAAAAUUAGUGCAAGGAGUUCCAGACUCUGAAGAAAAUGCCGAGAAUCAGUCGGAUGAAGAGACUGUAGCUAAUGAAAGGGGAAAGGACAAGAAAGAGAAAGAUGACAAGAAAGAAUCAGAGGCGAAAGCAGCAUCAGAGAAAUCGGAGGGGAAGGAUUCUGCUGCAUCCUCUGCAACAGCCUCAGCUCAGUCUGCAAAGGGAGCUGCUAAAGAAAGUGCUGCUUCGGAGAAGAAAGAAGAUGAGAAAGCAGAGAACCCCAAAGAAGUCAAAGAAGCAGCCGCCAAAGAAGCUGGAGAUGCGAAAGCAAAGUCAGAGUCCAUACCUCCCCCUCCUGCUUCUCCCCCACCAGAACCCAAGUAUGAUGUCAUUGGCCUUUUAGAGAAGGGCCAAGCUCUAAGCAAAGUCCAAGCCAGGACUGCAUUUGCCAUGUACUUGAUCCGUGUUCAGCAGAGGCUUUUGUCUGACUGUGGGGGGAUUCUGAGGCAAGAGGAUGUGGAUGCUCUCAACGAGCAAAUGGACCUGGUCUUACGGUUCCUGAAGCGCGCUGCUAUCAAUCUACCUCAAGCAUUUAGAGUGGUUGUGCCAAGCAAAAAGCUUCCUUUAGGUGACAGGCGCAGAAUUCUAGCCAAGCAGCUAGGCGACUUUGUACACAUCUACAAUAAGGAGACAGAUCACUUGAAAGCUGUUAGGGUGCGGGUCAAGAUGGAGAACAAAAAAACGAGGAAGUCAGACAGUUCUGAUGGGCUGGAUGAGCACAAUUUUGAUCAGUUUGUCUACACUGCCACGGAAGGGGAACUGGAGGAGGUACUCACCACCUACACCAAAAUCAACAAAUCAGCGGCCAUUUUUCUAGGUGGGGAUCCUAAACCGGGGGCCAACACCUUGUCGGAAGCCAAGAGGGAGAUGCUGUCUCGGCGUCGGGAGAACCCGGACAUCACAGACGGGACCAUGCCCGUGGGUACCAUGGAUGAUGCCUCCCGGGCACGGCACGUUUCAGGUUCCACCAAUAAUAACUGCUUACUGGAUAGCCAUAGUGGAUCUACCUUUGACCUGCGGACUGACGGUGGUGGAGGUGGAUUCGCCUCCCGGCCUGGCUCCGCCCAGCCGUAUGGCUCCGCUCACUCAUACUCUUCGGCAGUGUCCAUCUACUCCCAGCGCUUGUCUCGCCCACGUUCCGCCUCCAGUAGUGGGGCGAGCCGUCCAGGACGCACUCUGGCUGCUCGACCUGCUUCGGCCGCAAUGAGCCGACCCUCUGCCCAGCCCCAGCAGCAUUCCAUCUUCACCACCUCUGAUCCUGUUGUGGACACCUACAAUGAGAAAGCCAUCCAGGAUGCGCUACAGAGGCUGGCCCUGAAGCAACAGGCCCGCCAGUACUCGGCUGUCAACGGCACUAAUGUCCUGAAGGCGGACAUGUCGCCCACCAAGCCCCCGCUGGGUCUGAGGCCGGGAAGCGCCAGUUCUCGAGACGCGUACAUGAACCACCACACGGCAAUGGCCGUCACCGGUCAGUCUCAGACCUUGCACUCACCCGUCACAGCAGUAGCAGCUUACAGCAGGCCCGGCUCUCAGUCAGGUGGUCGCUACAUGACUAUGGAGGGUCAGACUUUGGGUCGGGAUGGCGCUCGCUCCAACUCUCGCCAGCACUCAGCGGGCAUGACCUCCCUAGGCCGCACUCCAUCCUACACCAACUUGAGCAGCAAACCACCGGCCCCACAGCCUCCCCAGCAAGGCAAUGUUCACAUGCAGAACGCCAACGCGACCUUCAACAGCUUCAUUGAAGACCAGAACCCUCAGUGGCAAAAUGAGAUUGCAUCUGCCUACAGCGAGGUGACGGGGGUGCCCCCACAGAACUAUCACGCGGCUUCCAUCAACAGUAGACAGUAUCAGAUCGCUCAACAGCAGGCUUUAAAGCAGAGGAUGUUGGAGCAGAGCAAGGCCAUGCUGGAGCAGUCUAAGGCCAAGCAUGAUGCUCUGGUCACUCAGGCACAGACCCAGCAGUUUGUGUCCACGGCCACACCCCCGCUCUACUCCACCACGACAGGGGAACUUGGUCUUGACCUGUCCCCAGGCGACCCUGAAGCUGCUGCGUCUGCUGGACGGAUGCUUAUGCCAAAACCACCGGUGCAGCCAUCCUCCUACAAGAGGCCCACCAAUGGCACAAGAAUAAACCGGAAACCUACCAUGGAUGAGAGCAACCUGAAUUUUAAUUUCUACAGCAGUUUGAUGGCCACUGGUCAGGGCUCCCAGACUUAACUUGGGUGUUGACAUUCUAUACUUCCGUCCUGGAUCUUUUUGCUGGAUGUCACUGGUCACCAGGGGGAGGCCUUUUUCUUCAUGUGGAUAUAGCAGCAAGGAAAGGAUCGGUCAAAUUGUAGAAAAAUAAAAUCUUUUGUUUGUAAUCUUCUCUGUGAUUGCAGUAUGAUAAAACUUGGGAAAUGAAGUCACGGUAAUGGUAUAACAACCAAACCAGAUAGGGUGAAAGAACAUGUAUUGUAGUUUUCUUUUUGUCUAAGAUGUCCUUUGUUUGGAGCUGUCGGGUUCACUUGUGGUUGUGGCUGAUUUAGAAAACCUUAUUUAUCAUGGAUAUAUCUGUCUCUCCUUGUGUAUUGAUACAAAUCUGAGAGUAUGUCACAUUUCAUGUUGUGGUAGUUAUUUGGUCAGCACGUUGGUGUUUAAUUUCUGGAUCCUGAAAGAACAAGUUUUCUUUGCCAGAAUAGUUGUAGUAUUACUAUGACCUAAAAAGAAAACCAGCAAAUAGUUUUGUGUUUUAUCAGUCUCCUUUGUCAAAGGGUAGGUGCAGAAUGAACCUCUUUGUGCUGAAGUCAAGAAUAGUUCUGCAAUUGUACUACAUGUUUAAUCCUUGCAGUUUACACUUAGUUUAGUUUGAAUAUAGACGGCUGUAUUCUAGAAAGUGUACUUAUUCUUGACAUUCCAUGUAUGCGAUUUACACACAUGAUCUUCAACAAGGUAUUCUGCCGAUGGUGCAGGGUUUUAUAUUAUAUUGAAGGUAUUCGGAGAGUUAUGCAAUACCAUUCCGUCCAACUUAUUGUCGCACCAAUAUAUUUAUUUUGAUAUGAUUAAAUAUGUGGUCUGUGAUUCAUUGCACAGCAUAAUGAUGAUUUCAGGCUUUGUGUGUGUGAAUGAAGUGGGUCUCAAGCAUAUAUAUAUAAUAUAUUAUUAGCGGUGCAGUGAGUCAAAUGUUGAUUAUCGGUACUUCCUUUGGGUAGGCCUUUUGUAAACUUGUCAAUUCCUCUUUUUUUCGCCUUUUUUAACUUUGUUUUCAUUUGCUACAUCUUAUAGUAACAAGUUGCAAAGUGUUGAAAGUGAACUAGUUUUGAUCACACUAAUAAAGAAAACAAGUUCAUUUUCUGUGCAGCGAUACAAAGGUUAGAGGCUAAGAAUUAGUCAGGAACAAGGGGGAUCUUGAAUUGUUCCUAAAUUGUUCCUACUAAAGAAUAAUAGAUUUUUUCUUCCACUUUUUUACUGAAUAGAAGUGUUUGUGUUCAUUGAACUAAACAGAUGUCCUUACCUUAAUCUCCAAUGGUUCAUUUUCGUUGAGAAUUCACAUAAGAUCUCUGUGCAUGAUUUUAUGUUACAUGAACUAGCUCUCUGUGGGGUGGCCUGAGUGUCAAGCUGAAGAAGUAGUGAGGGUUUUCUCUAUGAAACAUCUAACGUCUCCAUCUUCAUCCUAGUGUGCAGUUUGAUUUGAGGAAAGUCUUACAGCAGCAUACAAAAUUUUUGUAAAGUCUUUUUUGAUAUUUUUCAAACUGGAGUUGAAAAGUAAUAUAUAUCCUACCUUUAAUAUAUUUUUUAAAGAUGGUAACGUUACGUGUAUUUUUAAACUGUUGUUUUCUUUUUUCUCAUAAUGCUUUUUAAAGUUUUUACCUCAUCACCAUCAGCUAUUUUUCCACCCAUUCCCUUACCUAAUACUGUAGGAGGUAUUUUUUUAGAAACUUUUAAUGCAAAAGAAUUAGAAAAAUCAUGAAUGGCUAUAGGGCAGCAAGUAAGAAUAUAUUCUACUUCAUAUCUGUUGACAUUGCUUACAAACAUUCUACCAUUAUGAAUUCUAUUAUGUUUGCUGUUUGUUCUCUUUAAGAAUAUUUUGAGAGUAAAGAAGGUGGAAGUUUAGUAACAAAAUAGUUACAAACAUAUGCCAUUCAGGAUUCAAUCUCAGUUAUGUAACAUUUUAAUGAUGCACCCUUUUUCCAUUGAGUGAGUGUUAAGAUUCCUUCUCGUGUAAGGGUUGGCUCAUCUUUUGUUUUUAAGUUAUCCCAACGGAGCUCACUUUAUUUAAAGACAAAAGUUAUCAUAUGUUCAGGCUGGUGCCAUAGCAGAUGAGAUCAUUCUCUUUUGUAGUUUUAUUCUUUUUUUUUUUUUUUUUUUUAAGCAAAAGGGUUAGCUCGAAAUGUAUGUCUUUGCCAUAAGACUUUACCUGUCUCGUUAUCAGUGUUUCCAUACCCUGCAAAACGUUAGACCUGUUAACAUUUGUCCAGUGAAAUUUUGCCAUUUCAUAUACUAUAAAAAGGUAAGUUUUGACUGCAGCACCUCGCACUCACUUUGCAACACAAAUGAAAAGCAUUCAAUAUAGGCUAUUGUGUGUUGUUUCGUCUGUCAUUCUCCUUUAGGAACCUACCUACCAUGAUAAACUAAUCUGCCAACAUUUUUCAGAAGACAGCUCAAAUUAUUGAACAUUUCACUGAUUAGCGGAAACAAAUUUUUAACUUUUUAUGAGCAUCCAAGUUUUACAGGGAUUUGUGAAAUUUGUUUGAUGGCCAUCGGAUCCAAUAAUGGUAUGCAUGUGUGUACAUAAGCAUUCAGUAACAUUGUAUUAUAUGUAGCAGUGAAGAUGGGGUGGGGGGGGGAUACGUGAUCUGUGCUGGGCAAAUGUUAACAUUGUUUCUGUCUUUGCGCUGCAAAGAGAAAAGUUAAAUAAAGGCACCUCGUUUAUAUGCCAUUCAGAUAAUCAUUGUUGCCUUAUGUGUGAAGAUUCAAUGAAAUGUAUUCUUACUCUCUGAUUUUGAUGUGAACUUCAUGGAAACACAUUUAGAGACCAGGAUGAAAACUGUACCCGUAGUUUGUCUUUAUAUGCUACUGUACUCAUUUUUUAAUGAAAGGGGCAGAGUGUCAAGUCGCUAUGAAAACAUCGUGCUAAGCACGUUCCUGUAAUGGUGCUUGGAAGUAUUUGUAAUCUUUGAAAACAGUUAUGAACAUUUUAAAGCUAUCAAAUUUCCUUACAGUUGCCACAAGAAGCUGUAAAUGUAUAAUUAAUAAUUUCCAUAUUUUCAUUAGCAUACUUUAAGAGUUUCAAUUACAAAAAUAAUAUAUGAAAGGAGAAGUUUAAAUUUGUUUAGCAGAUUUUUUUCUUAGGCUGAGACUUCAUGCUGUGAGUAGUGGUAAUUUUGUCAUGUGUAUGUUUUUUUAAGAUCUUUUCCAGAUUUACAAGAAAAAAAAGAAAUAUUGAAAGCACUUGUAUGUUUCCCCAGACGAUGCCUGUCGAAAUUCUGCUAUUCAAGCUCAUGGGGAUUUUAAUCAUCUUUUUAAAAGGCCGUUUACUUCCCAAUAUUUUGUUACCAAUUGGGGUGCCUUUGAAGAUGGUAAUACUACAUACAGUUUCUGUUAUGUAACUAGUACUUCCUUUGUUAUCAUCAUGGUGCAACAGGUUCAACCCUUCCAUCUUUUUGCCUUCACAGUAUGUUUUGUAUGAAUAGAUAUAUAUAUAUAUAUAUUAAAAUCUGACGCUCUAAUGGUAUUAUGUCAUGGCCAUCGCUUGAAAUGAAACAGUCUCACUUUAUGAUAGGUUCAUGUAGUAGGGAAUACUCUUCAUUCAGAAAAAAA